AUGUCACACUUAGAACGUAAUUAUUUUUAUGCUUUGGUUGUUAUAAAUUUUUUACUGGCAGUCUCUGUCAUUGGAUCAAUAGCCGGUGAUUGGUAUCAUGUUACCACUGAUGUAGAGUAUGACGUUGGUAAAAGUACAUAUGAUCUAUACAGAAAUAAGUAUACCUCCUCUGGUUUAAGAUCCUCAGUUUACUAUGUAAAUGAAAGUGGUAUCAAUAUCUGUAAAUUCUUUAUUGGUAUUGGAUUCGUCCAAUAUUUGGGUCUCGUUUGUUUUAUUGUUAGUGCAAUUGCCCUUUUAGUAUCAUACCGUACUUGCCACAAGAGAGCAUUGAAUGUAAAUAGAAUUUUCGUAAUCCUGAUGUCACUCUUUGAAAUUAUCUCGGUAAUUUCUUUCAUUGCCGUUAACAAGGUCUUUGAGAGCUCUGGAAUGUGUAGCUAUGGUGGAUCUUACUGUGAUAGAUUCUUUGGAAGCUCAUCAACCAAUGGAUACACCCAAUCCUGGGGUCCAAGUAUUGGAUGGUUCUUUGGCCUCGUAACUAUUUUCCUAUGCAUCUUCAACAACUCUUUUGUCUCCAGCAGAUACAAGGAAAUUCACAAACACGAACACUGUCACUCAGGUGACCAAGUUUCACUGAUCCAAAAUCAAACCGCCAUUUACCCGCAAGGUUACCAACCACAAUAUCAACACCAACAACCAUAUCAACCACAAUAUCAAUAUCAACAACCACCACAACCAUAUCAAUCCCAAUAUAACACUUCCAAACAAUAA